AGAUGAAGUCAGAAAUUUCGAGGGGUCAUGAAUGCAUCAUUCACGGGGUCAUUUUAAGUCGCGUUUUAACAAGGUAACCAUAGCAACCGGCACGAUAACCAAAGCAACUCGUUUUAUUUACUGUCAGAAGAAGCCAGUUUUGACCGUAACGUUUUAAUUUCUGUUUGGAAAUCGAGUAUUUUUCUCGCAAAAAUCUGUUUCCAUUCACAUUUAAAACGUCGUGUUUGUUAGCUGUUCUUUUUAUAAACGACAUUUUUUUUAAACAAGGCGCGAGGACCGGAUACUUUCCCGGAUGGAUUCAGGAAAACUCGUUCAAGAUUUAAACCCGAAGUCUCCCGAUAUAAAUCUGACUGCAUCACGUAAACCCAGUCCUAAAAAGUUUGACCUCAUUAAGGUGAUCCGUCUUCUUGAGGAUCCACUGACGUCGAACCUGAGGGAGAGGCACCUGUUCGUCCUGAAGAAACUGCUGAAGAGAAACCAGUCAGGCUUCCUUUUGAGGGACCUCACAGAUAUAUCCCAGAUACUCAACAUCUGUGCUGAGAAAGUGAGCGAUCAGCCCCAAUAUGCAUCAGUUCUGUGUGAAGCUCUAAAACUCUGCAGGUUUCCCUUCCUGAAGGAAAAGACGUCUGAUGAGCUGAGGUACGCUCAAGACGCCACAGAGUUCCUCUCCAACAUGGAGCUCCAGCCGACCUCAGCCAUUUACCGGCUGCAGCUGCUGGAGCGCAGCAACCUCCCCAAGACGCUGCUUCUCUCCACAGCCGCCCUGCAGAACCGGCCCUCCAUCAAGCUGCGGCUCCUGCAAACUCUUCAGCUCCUCUCCAGCUCCUCAGACACAACCUGCACAUCCAUCUUAGGUGAAGGAGGAGCCGAGAUGAUCUGUCUGCACAUGAACGAAGAGGACCAGUCCGGUCAGGUUCUUAUCUGCUCCUCAGAGAUCCUCUGGAACCUGCUGGAGAGCGGCGGCAGAAAGGAGGCCGUGGCUCAGCUCAGCAGCUUGGAAUGCGUGCUAUCUCUGAAGGAAGCGUUGUCAUCAGCGAUGGAGAUCCCAUCCCAAGCUUCCGACCUCCAGCUCAGGAAUCACCUGCUGGCGAUCGCGACUCUCAUCGCCGGAAAUCCAAACUGUCCGCUCGUCGAAAGCUUAUUUGCCAAACAGCUUCUGGGCUUCAUGACAAUUCCGGAGAUGAGCAGCUCUGCAGCAGAGAAACCUGACCUGAGGAUGAUGAAGCUGCUGUUGAAUCUGCUGGUUGUGAUGGGCAGGAACGUUGCUGUUCUGCAGGUUUUCAGGGAGGAGUAUGUCAUGGUGAACCUGCUGCAGCUCGUGAAGCCACCGAAGCGCCGGCCAGCUUCUCAGAUCUUCUUCGGCUUCCAGGAGGAAGAACUCCAGCUGCAGGCAUUGGACGCCUUGUCCUGCAUCGCUCCAGUCAUGCUGCAGGACUACAUGUCCUGUCAGGGAAAUACGCGCCUGCUGUUGCUGCUGGACUGGUGCGUCGAAGAGCCUGAACUCUGUGGCAGCAGGAUGACCCAGACGCAGCGCUGCAUCAGAAUCCUGCGAUCUGUGACGGCUCUGGAAGAAGAAGCUGUAAAGCAGGACCUCUGCGAUCAGGGAGCCAUCAACCAGCUGCUGGGGAUCCUAAACCUGAUCGACGCGUUUUCUGGUGAGGAUGAUGUAAUCGCCGUGGAAACCAUGUCCAAUAUCCAGCUCAUCCUGUCUGUGCUGUGUGAGAACGACCUGAACAGAAAGGAGCUGUUUGGCUCAGAGGGAGUAGAGAUGGUCGUACAUUUCCUGAAGAAAGGUCCAGGGAAGUUCUACAGCACUCUGGGACACAACAAGCUGGUGAUCUCCACGGUGGAGUGCGUGUGGUCCUGCGUCGUCGGCUCCUGCACCACAGAAUAUCAGUUUUUAGAAAAAGGAGGAGCAUCUCUGAUGCUGGAUUUACUCCAAGCCAGUCCCAGAUGCAUACACAGCAUCAUCCUCUCUACCCUGCUGGAUCUUUGCAACAAUCCGAACGCUCGGCCUCAGGUGCUGAGCUGGAGGGACGAUGGCGGUCAAACGGCUCCCAGAGUCCUGCUGCAGCUCUGGAGGGCAGAAGAAAAGGAGCUGGGGGUCCUCAGAACCAAACACGGAGGAAUUAAAGAUCCAAAGAAGCCGCUUCAGACCCGUUUCCAGGAGGACAGCAGCGGUUUGUCGUUUCCUGCCAACAAACCGUCCGCAGCAGUGCUGGAAACGUCCGAAAACCUGCGAGCAAAGUUUUACCUCCUCCUCUGCAGUCUGGGUCUGGCUGUUUAUCCGAACUCUGUCGGGGAGGUUUGGAGCGAGAUUAACAGCGAACUGGUCCUGGAAGGCGUGAAGCCCAUCGGCUCGGACGAAAGAGCUCUGAGCUCCAUCUGUUGGACAACAGAGGACACGGCGAGGAGGAUCAUGGAGGAACAAUCCUGCAUCCUGAAGGAGCAGGAGGAGGAGGAGAUCAGGGAGGAGAUGCUCUUCUACACAGAGGUGCUGAAGAUCUAUGAAGUCUCACCGGAAACAGCAGGAGCUCGAAACGUCCUCAGAACCUCAAAGCUGAAGAAUGAGGACUCUGCAGCUGAUCGCUCUGCAAAGCCUUUCAUCGGCCACAUCCUGGCAGCAGAGACCUCGGCGGAUCAGGAUCCCGCAGGGGUCAACGUGAUUCUCAGCAGAACUAUAAUCUGAACCAGAAGAAGGGAGAUGCAGAGCUUCAGCAGACUGACGGUACCAGAAAUCCUGGCUCAAGAGGAGACUUUCCUGCGU